GCCCUAUUAUGGUCACGAGCGUGACAGCGCGCGCUACCCAGCAUGCGCCGCGGUGUGAGGCUCCGCCACAGUCAAGAUGACCGACUUUGAGGAGCCGCUUUCAGACGAGGAGAAGGUCCGCAUCGCAUCUAACUUUGUGACCCAUGCUCCCCCUGGAGAAUUCAAUGAAGUUUUCAAUGAUGUCCGGCUUCUCCUCAACAAUGACAACCUCCUUCGGGAGGGGGCAGCACAUGCCUUUGCUCAGUAUAAUAUGGAUCAGUUCGCUCCUGUCAAAUUGGACGGUAGUGAGGAAGCGGUUCUGAUCACUGAGCAUGGAGAUCUGGGAAACGGGCGGUUCUUUGAUCCUCGGAAACGGCAGUCGUUCCGUUUCGAUCACCUGCGAAAGGAAGCGAGCGAUCCUCAGCACUACGAGGGAGAGACCACACUUCGGUCAUGGAGAGACGCCUGUGAUGAAGCCCUUAGUGCUUAUGUGAAAGAGCAUUAUCCCACUGGAGUCUGCACGGUGUAUGGGAAAACUGUUGAUGGUCAACAAACAAUCAUUGCUUGUAUUGAAGGUCAUCAAUUUCAGCCCAAAAACUUUUGGAACGGCCGGUGCAGGUCAGAGUGGAAGUUCACUAUCAGUCAGUCAUCAGCUCAGGUGGUGGGAGUAUUGAAGAUCCAGGUGCAUUAUUAUGAGGAUGGUAAUGUUCAGCUGGUGAGCCAUAAGGAGGUGGAGGAGUCCAUUGUAGUGGAUAAUGAAACCCAGACUGCCAAGGAAUUUGUAAAAAUAAUUGAAAAUGCUGAAAACGAUUACCAGACGGCCAUCAGCGAGAACUACCAGACGAUGUCAGAUACCACCUUCAAAGCUCUUCGCAGACAGCUACCCGUCACUCGUACCAAGAUCGACUGGAACAAGAUCCUUAGCUACAAGAUCGGAAAAGAAAUGCAAAACGCUUAGAACCAACCCGACCCGGUUCUUCCUUCUGGUUCACACGUGGAGCCGGCUUUCAGAACAUCACACGCCGUUCCCUUGGUCGAAGAAGUCUCCCACAAAUGAAAAAAGAAAAACUGUUCAAAAGAGGAUGUAAUUCCAUUCACCUUCCUGUCAUUAAUGGACUUUGUUGGGUCUCAGCUGUUGUAAGACCUUGGAGGGAGUAUUGGAUCUAAAUUAUGCUUUUCUCUUAUUUACCCAUUCAUCAGUCAUUCAAAAAGAGUUUCGUUUUGAUUUUUUUUUGUGAACUGUGACAGCUGCAAUGCUUGUGCAAAUGGUUUUGUGUUGUUUUAAAACAGUUUAUAAUGCCUCACUGUAUCUCCAAACCCGAGUCAGAUAACAACCUCACCUUUCUCCACCUCGUCUGCCUUCUGACAGCCUGGAGAGAUGAGAAUCUUGUCCUGCCAUCAACUAUCCAGGCUGUAACAGGGGAAAGACAUGAGGUUGAUGGGACGAAAAAGGGAGCAGGUUGUGUCUGAGUUUGGAAUGAUCUUCUGUCUUAAGUGCUCUCUCCAUAUCUUUAUCUAACAGUGACUCACAGUCUACCAAACUAAAAUGGUUAAACCAAAAAGACAGAAUAAAUAAAUACAUGGAUAACCCUCUUUGGUGGCACAUACGUACAAAUUACAUCUCGAGUUUCAUAUUUGCACACAAAUUGUGUUUCUGCAUAUAUUUGGGAAGACCAUAGCCUGUUACAGGUACUUUGUGAUGCAUUUUGGGUAUCCACAAUCUGUUGUCUGUACGCUGAAUUUGAGUUUGUUUGUCCCUCCUCUCACCCGGCAGCUUGAGGAGGUAGUCAGUGUUGCUGUUUGCAUGUUUCUGCCACACUGCUUUCACAUCGACCUUUAGUCUUGUUUGUCUCAUCAAAAUUCCCUCUGUAAAAUACACCCUUGAAUCCAUCAUGUAAUACUGGCAUAUUCUGUCUCUUGUAACUUGCCUUUAUUUUUUCAGAUUUUAAAACAUGCAAAGUAAAUAUCUAAUCACAGUAAAUGAAUAACUGGCGCCAAAAUGA